GAAACACCCAUGUGCUUAAUCGCCAUGCUAGAUGCACAACCCUGAGCAUGCAGUAAGCCGCGAUGUCUGAGGAUGGAGGAGACUUCCUGCCGGUGGGUGCGGAGACGCAGCCCUACGCCAGACACAAGGCCCUCCUGAGUGGCGUACUGGGCGGGUGCGCCUUUUCGGCCUGGAGCUUCCAGCGAGGAAGACGUCAAGGACUGGGCCCGCGCGCGAUCGGCGCAGGGGUCGCUUGUAGCCUGCUGAGCUACAGCGCCUCUGCUUGGCAAGCGCUGCAGGCGCGGCGCCACGCGCAGGCGCUGCAGCGGCUGCAGGCGAGCUCUGACACCAUCCGCAUGGUCCCCAUCGGGAGCGAGGCUCCAGAACUGCCCACGCAGGAGUUCGACGAGGCCACGGGUCAGGACGCUCUUCAGGCCAACGCGGAGCUCUUCCGAAGGUUGAAAAAGGAGGACAGCCUGCGGCGGCGCAGCUGAGGGCAAAAAGUGUGCGGUGGCUCUCCUGAUCUAGGGGCCGCAUGGCUG